AUGCAGAGAUGGUCCACAAGGUGGAAAACGAGAAGGUGGCCCUGGGACUCGGCUGUAACCGUGCUCAUCACCUUCGCUUUCCUUCUCCGGGCUGCAGAGGUCAGAGGAGCUGAACCCGUUGAUGUGCUAAAAGCAUUAGAAUUUCACAAUUCUCCAGAAGGAGUAACAAGAACAGCAGGAUUUUGCACAAACAGAAGGAAUUCAAAAGGAUCGGAUGUUGCUUACAGAGUUUCAAAAACCGCACAGCUGAGUGCCCCAACAAAGCAGCUGUACCCAGGUGGAGGUUUUCCAGAAGAUUUUUCAAUAUUAAUGACAGUAAAACCUAAAAAGGGUAUUCAGUCUUUCCUUUUGUCUAUCUACAAUGAACAAGGAAUUCAGCAAGUAGGUGUUGAAGUUGGUAGGUCCCCUGUCUUCCUGUUUGAAGACCAAAAUGGAAAACCUGCCCCAGAAGACUAUCCUCUUUUCAGAACAGUCAACAUUGCUGAUGGCAAGUGGCAUCGAGUAGCUAUCAGUGUGGAGAAAAAGAGUGUUACAAUGAUUGUUGACUGUAACAAAAAAGCUACAAAACCACUUGACAGAAGUGACAAAACAGUUGUGGACACCAAUGGCAUCACUGUGUUUGGAACCAGAAUUCUGGAUGAAGAAGUUUUUGAGGGUGAGAUCCAGCAGCUGUUGAUUAUAGCUGAUCCCAGAGCUGCAUUUGACUAUUGUGAGCAUUAUAGCCCAGACUGUGACUCCCCAGUGCCCAAUGCUGCUCAGGCUCAGGAUCCUCGAGUUGAUGAGAAAAAGAAAGCCACGGUCAAAAAGAAGAAGAGGACAGUGGCCCCUAGCUCAAAGGACAAACCUCAAAAGGCCACAACAAAAAAAUCUGAAAAAUAUGCAUUCAAGAAGAAGAAAAGUUAUCAAGCAGCAACAAAAGACAAACUAGGGGUAAAGGCCAACGUUAUUGAUGGAUUUCAAGAUUAUAGCAUAGCUGAAACUGACUAUGGGCCCCAGACAGAAGCUCCCUCCAGAGCUACUGAAGCAAAUGAGCAAAAUCCUGUUGAAGAAGUAUUUGCUGAAGAAUACAUAACUGGAGAGGAUUAUGAUAAAAAAACUGAGGCAACUGAAUAUGGAAGCAGAGGAGUAGACCUCAGUGAAUCUGAUCUGCUGGUAGAUGGAGAUUUAGGAGAAUAUGAUUUUUAUGAAUAUAAAGAAUAUGAAGAGAAACCAACUGAUUCCACUAAUGAGGAGUUUGGUCCAGGUGUUCCUGCAGAGACCGAUAUCACAGAAACAAGCGUGACAGGACAUGGGGCUUAUGGACAAAAAGGACAAAAGGGAGAACCAGCUGUGAUUGAACCUGGCAUGCUCAUUGAAGGACCACCAGGACCAAGAGGACCUGCUGGUCUCACAGGUCCCCCAGGUCUACAAGGUCCCGUUGGUCCUCCAGGUGACCCUGGUGAAAGGGGUCCACCUGGUCGCCCUGGUCUUCCUGGUGCUGAUGGUUUAGCAGGUCCCCCAGGUACCAUGUUAAUGUUGCCGUUCCGCUUUGGUGGAGAUGGUGAGAAGGGCCCGACAAUCUCAGCUCAGGAAGCUCAAGCACAAGCUAUUCUUCAGCAAGCUAGGAUUGCUAUGAGAGGUCCACCCGGUCCUAUGGGACUCACUGGAAGACCAGGUCCUGUGGGUGGACCUGGAGCAGCAGGUGCCAAAGGUGAAUGUGGUGAACCGGGUCCCCAGGGUCCUCGUGGUGUCCAAGGUGCCCCCGGUCCAAGUGGAAAAGCUGGCAAAAGGGGACGUCCUGGAGCUGACGGUGCCAGAGGAAUGCCGGGAGAACCUGGUGCAAAGGGUGACAGAGGAUUUGAUGGUCUUCCUGGCCUCCCUGGUGACAAAGGUAACCGGGGAGACCGUGGCCCACAGGGACCCCCUGGCUUACCUGGUGAAGAUGGAUCAAGAGGAGAAGAUGGGGAAGUUGGACCAAGAGGUCUCCCAGGUGAAGCUGGUCCACGGGGAUUACUGGGCCCCAGAGGAACACCUGGGCCCCCUGGACAACCUGGCAUUGCAGGUAUUGAUGGACCUUCAGGCCCAAAGGGAAACAUGGGUCCUCAAGGGGAACCAGGACCUCCUGGUCAGCAAGGAAUUCCAGGCCCACAAGGACUUCCUGGUCCUCAAGGUCCUAUUGGGCCUCCUGGUGAAAAAGGACCGCAAGGCAAGCCUGGCCUUCCUGGCCUUCCCGGGACUGAUGGGCCUCCUGGUCAUCCUGGCAAAGAGGGUCAGUCUGGAGAUAAAGGUGCAUUGGGGCCUCCAGGUCCUCAGGGUCCGAUUGGAUAUCCAGGUCCUCGUGGUGUAAAGGGUGCUGAUGGUGUUCGUGGACUCAAGGGAUCCAAAGGUGAAAAGGGGGAAGAUGGUUUUCCAGGAUUUAAAGGUGACAUGGGUCUUAAAGGUGACCGGGGAGAAAUUGGUCAGCCAGGUCCACGAGGAGAAGAUGGCCCAGAAGGUCCAAAAGGUCGAUCAGGCCCAUCUGGGGACCCAGGUGCUGCUGGUCCAGCUGGGGAAAAGGGUAAGCUUGGCGUACCUGGACUGCCAGGAUAUCCAGGAAGACAAGGUCCAAAGGGCUCAACUGGUUUCCCAGGAUUUCCAGGUGCCAAUGGAGAGAAAGGUGCAAGGGGACUGCAUGGCAAACCAGGACCCAGAGGACAGCGAGGACCAACAGGUCCAAGAGGCUCAAGAGGUCCCAGAGGUCCCACUGGUAAACCAGGUCCAAAGGGCACCUCAGGCAAUGAUGGUCCUCCUGGCCCACCAGGCGAAAGGGGACCGCAAGGGCCUCAGGGACCUGUUGGAUUCCCCGGACCGAAGGGGCCUCCAGGUCCACCUGGGAAAGAUGGCCUGCCUGGGCACCCAGGACAGCGGGGUGAGACUGGUUUUCAAGGAAAAACUGGUCCUCCUGGUCCUGGUGGUGUUGUUGGCCCUCAGGGUCCUACUGGUGAGACUGGGCCAAUUGGUGAAAGAGGCCAUCCAGGUCCUCCUGGUCCCCCAGGUGAACAAGGCCUCCCAGGUGCUGCAGGAAAGGAAGGCGCCAAGGGUGAUCCAGGCCCUCAAGGCAUUCCUGGGAAAGAUGGACCAGCAGGUCUUCGUGGUUUCCCUGGAGAGAGAGGCCUUCCAGGUGCUCAGGGUCCAGCUGGUCUGAAAGGAGGGGAAGGCCCACAGGGUCCACCUGGCCCAAUGGGCUCUCCGGGAGAGCGCGGAGCCGCGGGCACUGCCGGCCCCAUCGGGCUGCCGGGCCGGCCCGGCCCGCAGGGGCCGCCGGGCCCCGCCGGGGAGAAGGGCGCUCCCGGUGAAAAAGGUCCCCAAGGUCCAGCUGGGCGUGAUGGAAUACAGGGUCCUGUAGGACUUCCUGGUCCUGCUGGUCCUAGUGGUUCUCCUGGAGAAGAUGGUGACAAGGGUGAAAUUGGUGAACCAGGUCAGAAAGGAAGUAAAGGUGACAAAGGAGACAACGGUCCUCCGGGUCCACCGGGUCUGCAGGGUCCUGUGGGAGCCCCGGGUAUAGCUGGAGGUGAUGGAGAGCCAGGCCCAAGAGGUCAACAAGGGAUGUUUGGGCAAAAAGGUGAUGAAGGUCCUCGAGGCUUCCCUGGGCCCCCAGGCCCUAUUGGCUUGCAGGGUCUGCCUGGCCCACCAGGUGAAAAAGGUGAAAAUGGUGAUGUGGGCCCAAUGGGUCCACCUGGCCCACCAGGUCCAAGAGGUCCCCAGGGUCCUAAUGGAGCUGAUGGUCCUCAAGGCCCCCCAGGCUCAAUCGGCUCUGUUGGAGGUGUUGGUGAAAAGGGUGAGCCUGGAGAAGCUGGUAACCCUGGGCCUCCUGGAGAAUCUGGAACAGCUGGUCCAAAAGGUGAAAGGGGAGAAAAAGGUGAAGCUGGUCCACCUGGAGCAGCCGGACCACCAGGUGCUAAAGGACCUCCAGGUGAUGAUGGGCCUAAGGGUAACCCAGGCCCAGUUGGUUUUCCUGGAGAUCCUGGUCCCCCUGGGGAACCUGGUCCAGCUGGUCAGGAUGGUGUUGGUGGAGAGAAGGGUGAAGAUGGUGAUCCUGGUCAACCUGGUCCACCAGGUCCUUCAGGUGAAGCUGGCCCACCUGGUCCUCCUGGGAAAAGAGGACCUCCUGGAGCAACGGGUGCUGAAGGCAGACAAGGAGAAAAAGGUGCAAAGGGUGAACCUGGUGCAGAAGGGGCUCCUGGAAAAACAGGCCCAGUCGGUCCUCAGGGACCUGCAGGAAAACCUGGCCCAGAGGGUCUCCGGGGCAUUCCUGGCCCCGUGGGGGAACAAGGUAUGCCUGGAGCACCAGGUCAGAAUGGCCCUCCUGGACCUCUGGGCCCACCUGGAUUGCCUGGACUGAAGGGAGACCCAGGUUCCAAAGGAGAGAAGGGACACCCUGGUUUGAUUGGCCUGAUUGGACCUCCAGGAGAACAGGGGGAAAAGGGUGAUAGGGGUCUUCCUGGCCCCCAGGGGUCUCCUGGAGCCAAGGGUGAUGCAGGAAUUUCUGGUCCUGCUGGUCCACUUGGUCCGCCUGGUCCUCCUGGAUUACCUGGUCCCCAGGGUCCCAAAGGCUCCAAAGGAUCCAGUGGUCCUGCUGGUCAGAAGGGUGACAGUGGCUUACCUGGCCCACCUGGUCCUCCAGGCCCUCCCGGUGAGGUGAUCCAGCCACUGCCGAUUCAGUCACCCAAGAAGACAAGAAGAUCUCCUGACUAUAUGUUAUCCGAUGCUGGUGACAAUAUUCUGGAUUAUUCCGAUGGCAUGGAGGAGAUCUUUGGCUCCCUGAACUCACUGAAGCAAGACAUUGAGCACAUGAAGUUUCCGAUGGGCACUCAGAAUAACCCAGCCCGGACCUGCAAGGACCUGCAGCUGUGCCACCCCGACUUCCCAGACGGGGAAUAUUGGAUUGAUCCUAACCAGGGCUGUUCUGGAGACUCCUUCAAAGUAUACUGCAAUUUCACAGCAGGGGGGGAAACUUGCAUCUACCCAGAUAAGAAAUCUGAAGGAGUUAGAAUUUCAUCGUGGCCAAAGGAGAACCCAGGAUCUUGGUUUAGUGAAUUUAAGCGAGGCAAACUUCUUUCCUAUUUGGAUGUUGAAGGCAAUUCCAUUAACAUGGUCCAAAUGACAUUCCUUAAACUACUGAGUGCCUCUGCCAGACAGAAUUUCACUUACAACUGCCACCAGUCUGUAGCCUGGCACGACGCACCCUCUGACAGCUAUGACAAAGCACUAAGGUUCUUGGGAUCCAAUGAUGAAGAAAUGUCUUAUGACAACAAUCCUUACAUCAAAGCUCUCCAUGACGGCUGUGCAUCAAGAAAGGGCUAUGCAAAGACGGUGCUGGAAAUCAACACGCCCAAAAUAGACCAAGUGCCCAUAGUUGAUGUGAUGAUCAAUGACUUUGGUGAUCAGAACCAGAAGUUUGGAUUUGAGGUCGGUCCCGUCUGCUUCCUUGGUUAAGCUUAAGACAAAACCAGAUCAACACAAUUGUUGCACUUUGGUGCUACCAACCCACUUCAUGCCACAUGCAAGUUUUGAAUAAGGAUGGCAUAGAAAAUGUCUUGCUGUGUAUGUAUGUCUUAUCUAGAAAGUAAACGUUGCCCUUGUAGGGCCAGAAUCACAUGACUUAAACUUAUUUUGCAAAGAUGCUGUGGCACAGACAGACAACAUAGGGCUCACUUCAGGAACACCCCCUUUGGAUUCCUUUGGUGCUGUAAAAAACCAAUGACAAUGGUGCUCCUUCCAUUACAACAAAGAGGUGUUUAGAAAGUGUUUAAUAUAAACUGUAAUUAUUCUAUGUACAGUACUAUACUGUGGCUUCUCUGUCCACUUCCAAAACUUGCAUGUGUCUCUGAAUUGCAUCUGGCUCUUAUUUUACAACUACAAACUACAUUGUCAAUACUGUGUAUGUAUUCUGAAAAAAAUAAAACUGUAAUUGCCAGUGAAGCCAAUUGCAUUUCUGAUUAAUAAAAUCCCUUUGUAUAUAUUGUUGUUGAAGAGCUUUGUUAUUUGAAGUCGCCAGUAAAAUUAAGGUGGCAAAACUGGAAGAUCUUGAGCAGCAACUCAAACUCCUGUCUGCUGAUAUCACUCUGUGAAUAUAGAUAAUGAAAUGAAAGCACUUACAAAGGUGCUGUGUUCCAUGGUGCUAUACCUCAGACUUUUUAUUUUCUAUUCUAAUUCCAUAAUUUCAUAAGAUAACUGUAUAUACCUAAAAUAAACAAGUUUAUAUUUUUGGGUGGGGAAUAUAUGUAAGAAAAAGCCCAAACUUCUGUGUAAGAGAACUGUUUAAAAUCUGUGAAAUAAAUUAGUAAUAUAGCUUUCCUUUUUUUGUUUUUUUUUUUAAAUCUCAUCUGGAUUUGUUUCCAUUUUGCUUAUUUGGGCUACUUAAAUAUAAAAACUGGAUAUGAAACAGUUAUUUAUGGAUUUUUGCAGUGUUUACUUAGAUGUUUAUGUAAGCAAUGAUGGAUGUUUGCUUCCUGAACUGGAUCCUAAAGGUUUCACAGAGUAGUCUAUACAACAUUUGCCCAUCCCAUUAAUAUGAAUUAUUUUUCUUCCUGUUACUCCACCUGAAGGCCAGGGAUGCAAUAUGUCUAGGUCAUGUGAUUCUACACAGUUGCUAAGCAACAUAGGAGGGACUGCUUCCUCAAGAGCUGUCUUUGACCCAAACCCUUCCAACUCACUGUUCAAAGCUCACCAAAAACACAUGUUGGUUUGGCCAUCCCUCUGAACAUUUUAUUCAGGUAGUUGGAAGUAGAAAUUACAUUUUAGCUUUACAACACAAAUCCUUUUGUAAUUAUUUUUCAUAAUAUAUGUAAGACUUGAAAAGAAAUGUUUGUUUCUAUUUCUUAUAAAUUGUUAAAUUAAAUAGUACUAGUUUCUGCUGGCUCGUUUCCAACUGGUAUUUUCUUAUGCACGUUUAUACAUGUAAAAGUGAGAUUCCAAAAGUCAACUUCUUGCUGUUCAUAUUUUCCUUUAUUUUUGAACCAAAGUUUGUAACUGUCACCUCAAAGAGGGAAAUACAAAUUUUAUUAAUAAAAUCAAGUCUUGUUUAUCUGGAUUGGUCAUUCUCUUAUUUCAAUGUCCAAAACUCACCCACUGCCAUUACCGUAACUUCAUUCUGCUUCCAGACCAUCCAGGCUCGAAAAAAAGGAAUUUACUCACACUGGGAAUUUACUGGCAAGCACUGGGAACAGCACUGGGAAGAGAAGUGUUAAGAGAGAGGGUGCUGAUCUGGCCACUGCAGUAGGCAGCAGGGAUAAAUUCACACCUGGCUGGUUUGGAUUUAUGGCUCCAGCGGUCCAGACAAGACCAUCAAACACAAGGCAGGAGCCGGAUACUCCUUCCCCAGCCACUCACAACCUGCACUGGCUGUCCAUUCCUCAGUCUUGUGCUUACCCUUGUAGGACUCCAUCGGGCAGGCAAAUGACCCUGUUGAUUAAUAGGAAAUAUGAGACAAAACGAGACCAAGACUUGGAAAGCAGUGGAACACAAAAUGUCCAGCACCUUGCUUUAGACUGCGGAACCAGAACCAGUUAUGGGUCCAAUGGCAUGACACGUGCCCUCUUCUCCAAAAAACCUUCUCUCUUUUUUAAUCUGCUAUCUGUUCUUUAUCAGCUCUGGCUAUGUCUAAGUAAGAUGUGAGGGCAGGUGCAAUGAGUUUGGCAGAGGAGCAGCCACUGUAUCCUGCUCAAGGAGCUGGGUUUAGUUAGGAGCUGACCUGUUCAAGCCUAUCUAAAAAAAACCUCCUCGGCUGAGUGCUUUAAGGUAAAAAAUAAAAAUGGUUAUGGUUUGGCAGAAUCAGGAUUAGUCUGCAGCAGAAUGUUUUUUCUAAGAAUGCAAUGAUGUAUUAAAGCAGCCAAACAAAACCAGAUCUUUUCCAGAAUUAGCCCAAGCAUCUUGCCAAGGUCUGUGUCGGCAACAUCACAAAGGAGGAAAUGAACCUGCAUCUUCUUCCCUUUCCAGCAAGGACCAUCUGGUUUAUUCUUUAACCUUUCCUAAGGCCUUAACCACUUACCUUACUAUUUAUCCUUGUCAUGAAAGCCUCCCACCAUUGCUUGUUAUCUAACUCCUCUCUGUCCAUUCUCUUUUUCA